AUGCAUUCCUUUCCUCGUCCCUUCCUCCUUUUAAUCCUGCUCACAAUUUCUCUCGCUCAGACCGGUGUGGGCUCUUGGAUCUUUCCCCCUUCUGGAGACUUCGAUCCCUACAGCUCUAUCGACACCGGCCCAGCUUCAUGGCCUCCUGGGCCCGAGCCUGGUGCGCCCAAGCCCGGUGCCCCUGCUCCGUUCCCAAGCCCACCGGCCUGGGUUUCUUGGCCAGAAACAGAGACCUCUUCAACUACAACUCGCAAGACGAUUAAGCCAACUACAACCACUUCCAAAACCACUUCAGCCUCGCCUACAACGUCGUCCACGACUUUCUCUACGAGUAUGACUGCCAUCACAACUACCACCACCCCUAUCACUACCACUACCACUACCACUACCACUACCACUACCACUACCACUACCACUACCACUACCACUACCACUACCACUACCACUACCACCACAACCCCCGCUGUCAUACCAACUAAUUGUAAUCCCGGUGGAGCUCAACCGACCUUCAUCCUCGUCGGGAGCGAUAGCGGCACAGUCUAUGAUGGCCAGUAUGUCUCAAGCGUCGACCAAGCAAUACAGAAAGGCUAG